AGAGAGAGCACCGCCACUCCGUGACUAGAGUGGAAAUGUCCCCAAGUUUUGGAAUUUAAAACCAUGGCGAGGAUAUCUAGCCUAAGGAUCACUUGAAUUUGGCUCCCACCCCCAUGCCUGUGUAGAUGAUGCACUUGAUGACGGCUUGCAACGCUAAGAAAAGGACAACGGAUCAAUAGGAGCCUGGUUUUCCCUCCCUUCUUCCUUCGCUCCCUCCAUCCAGUUGUCCUCCCUCAUUCCUGGAGAAUAGAACAAAAAGGAAAGAAAAGCCUGACUCGGGACUUGUUACCAGAGCUUGUACUCCUCCUCCACCUUCUCUUCCUCCUCCCCCAUCCCCUGCAGCCUUGCCUGUAGCCAGCCCCAGAUAUGUGUCCCCUAACUUGGUCAGUGGCUUCCUCUGGCCCGGGGAACCUGCUCUUCCUCUCGGGGCUGCUGCUUCUUACAAGCCCCUCCCUCUCUGCAGGCCAGCCCCAGCCCUUCAAGCGUUUCACUCCUUCUGAGUGGGGGCUCACUCAUCUGGCCAUACAUAAUAAAACUGGAGAGGUCUACGUGGGAGCUGUCAACUGGAUCUUUAAGCUGUCAAGCAACCUGACCAAGCUGCGCAGCCACAUGACAGGCCCAGUGGUGGACAAUGAGAAAUGCUACCCCCCGCCCAGUGUCCAGUCCUGCCCUCAUGAUCUGGCCCAGACCCCCAAUGUGAACAAACUUCUCCUCAUAGACUACGCCCAGAACCGCCUCAUUGCCUGUGGCAGCACCUCGCAGGGCAUCUGCCAGUUCCUCCGUCUGGAUGACCUCUUCAAGCUGGGCGAGCCCCACCACCGCAAGGAGCACUACCUGUCCAGUGUGGCCGAGUCGGGAACCAUGUCUGGGGUCAUCAUCAGCUCUCCGCACGGUCCCGCCAGCAAGCUCUUCAUCGGGACCCCCAUCGAUGGCAAGUCCGAGUACUUCCCCACCCUUUCGAGCCGCAAGUUGAUGGAGAACGAGGAAAACGCUGACAUGUUCAGCUUUGUUUAUCAGGAUGAGUUUGUCUCCUCUCAGCUCAAGAUCCCCUCGGACACCUUGUCCAAGUUCCCCGCUUUCGACAUCUACUAUGUGUACAGCUUCAGCAGUGAGCAGUUUGUCUAUUAUCUCACCAUGCAGUUGGAUACCCAGCUCACUUCCCCUGAUGCCAGCGGAGAGCAGUUCUUCACCUCUAAAAUUGUCCGUCUGUGUGUGGAUGACCCCAAGUUCUACUCCUAUGUUGAGUUCCCUAUCGGCUGCACUAAGGAUGGGGUAGAGUACCGCCUGGUCCAGGAUGCCUACUUGGCCCGGCCAGGUCGGCAGCUGGCCAACUCUCUGGGGAUCUCUGAAAAUGAAGACAUCCUCUUCACAGUCUUCUCACAGGGUCAGAAGAACCGGGCCAAACCACCCAAAGAGUCAGCGCUGUGCCUGUUCACCCUGAGGAAGAUCAAGGAAAAGAUCAAAGAGAGGAUCCAGUCCUGCUAUAAGGGAGAGGGAAAGCUCUCCUUACCCUGGCUGCUCAACAAGGAGCUUGCCUGCAUCAACUCGCCUCUACAGAUCGACGAUAACUUCUGUGGUCAAGACUUCAACCAGCCCCUGGGUGGGACCAGCACCAUCGAGGGCAUCCCUCUCUUCAUCGACAAAGACGAUGGCAUGACCUCGGUGGCGGCCUACGACUACCGCGGCAACACUGUGGCCUUCGCUGGAACACGGAACGGCAAGAUGAAGAAGAUCUUGGUGAACUCCGUGAGUCCCAACCGUCCAGCGGUGCUGUAUGAGAAGGUAACGGUGAGUGAGGGAGGAAGUGCCUUACUGAGAGAUAUGCUGUUCAGCCCCGACCAGCAGUACAUCUACACACUGACUGAGCGACAGGUGGUGAGGGUUCCAGUGGAGAGCUGCGAGCAGUACACCAGUUGCGGGGAGUGUUUGGGCUCCAGAGACCCUCACUGUGGCUGGUGUGUCCUCCACAAUGUUUGCUCUCGCAAGGACCGCUGUGAGCGGGCAGGAGAGCCGCAGAGGUUUGCCUCCGACCAGAGGCAGUGUGUGGAGCUCAGCGUUCAGCCGAGAAACAUCUCUGUCACCAUGUCUGAAGUCCAGCUGGUUCUCCAGGCUCGUAAUGUGCCCGAUCUGUCCGCGGGGGUCAAUUGCUCCUUCGAGGACUACGUAGAGACGGAGGGUCGGAUCCAGGGCGGACGCAUCUACUGCCUGUCCCCCUCCGUCCGGGAUGUCAUUCCCAUCACCAGGAACAAAGGUGACAAGCGGGUGGUGAAGCUCUAUCUCAAGUCCAAGGAGACGGGCAAGAAGUUUGCCAGUGUCGACUUUGUCUUCUACAACUGCAGCGUCCACCAGUCAUGCCUGUCUUGUGUGAACGGCUCGUUCCCGUGCCACUGGUGUAAGUACCGCCAUAUGUGCACCCAGAACGCCAACGACUGCUCUUUCCAGGAGGGACGUGUCAACAUCUCAGAGGACUGCCCUCAGAUCCUGCCCUCCACCCAGAUCUACAUCCCUGUGGGGGUGACCAAGCCCAUCACACUGGCUGCCAAGAAUCUGCCCCAGCCCCAGUCGGGACAGAGGAACUACGAGUGUGUCUUCCACAUCCAGGGCGAGACCCACAGUGUCACCGCCCUGCGUUUCAACAGCACCUCCAUCCAGUGCCAGAAAACCUCAUAUAACUACGAGGGCAAUGACAUCAGCGACCUGCCGGUGGACCUUUCCGUGGUUUGGAACGGCAACUUUGUCAUCGACAACCCCUACAAUAUCAAAGCCCAUCUGUAUAAGUGCUACGCGCUGAGGGACAGCUGUGGGAUGUGUCUGAAGGCAGAUCCCAGGUUCGAAUGCGGCUGGUGCGUUCAGGAGAAGAAGUGCUCACUCAGACAGGAGUGCACUCCCCCAGAGAGCAGCUGGAUGCAUGCCACCACCGGGAACAGCCGCUGUGCGCACCCCAAGAUCACCAAGCUGUUCCCAGAAACGGGGCCUAGACAAGGAGGAACCAUGCUGACCAUCACAGGGGAGAACCUGGGCCUGCAGUUCAAAGAUAUCCAGAACGGGGUUCGCAUCGGCAAGGUGGCCUGCAACCCGCAGGAGGACCAGUACAUCAGCGCUGAGCAGAUUGUGUGUCGGCUGAACGAUGCAACAGGUUACCGGGUGCAGGAGGCUCAGGUGGAAGUGUGUGUGAGGGACUGCAUACACCCUGACUACAAAGCCGUCUCAAGCAAGGCCUUCACCUUUGUGUCUCCGUACUUUACCCGUGUCCACCCGUCCAACGGGCCGCUGUCUGGAGGCACCAGGAUCACCAUUGAUGGCAGCCACCUGAACGCAGGCAGCGCCGUAAGCGUGAAGAUAGGACUGCAUCCCUGCCGCUUUGAGAGGCGGAGCAGCAAGGAGAUUGUGUGUGUGACUCCGGCUGGCCAGGCCGCAGGCAACACCCCGGUCAUGGUGGAUAUCAAUGCGGCUGAGCUAAGGAACCCAGAGGUCAAGUUCAACUACACUGAAGAUCCCACCAUCCUCAAGAUCGAGCCCGACUGGAGUAUCGCCAGUGGAGGAACCCUUUUGACCAUUACUGGAACCAAUCUGGCAACCAUCAAGGAGCCCAAAAUGAGAGCCAAGUAUGGAGCUGCCAAGUCAGUCAAUAACUGUACGGUUGUCAAUAACACGGUGAUGGUGUGUCUGGCGCCCUCUGUGGCCGGAUCAGACAAGGGCUUCUCAGAGGCGGGCAGCAGCCCUGAUGAGAUCGGCUUCAUCAUGGACGAUGUGCGCUCGGUGCUGGUGGUCAAUGAGAGCUUCAGCUACCAUCCAGACCCCGUGUUCGAACCCCUGAGCCCCACAGGCAUGCUGGAGCUGAAGCCCAGCUCGCCCCUCAUACUCAAGGGCCGUAACCUGAUUCCAGCAGCACCAGGUAACACCAAGCUGAACUACACAGUGCUCAUUGGAGAGACGCCCUGUGUGCUCACCCUGUCCGAGAGCCAGCUGCUGUGCGAAUGGCCAAACCUGACCGGAGAGCAUAAAGUCACCGUGCGUGUCGGAGGCUUUGAAUAUUCCCCGGGGACCUUGCAGAUCUACUCAGACAGCCUGCUCACCCUGCCUGCUAUCAUUGGCAUCGGAGGGGGCGGCGGCCUGCUCCUGCUGGUGAUCAUCGUGGUGCUGAUCGCGUACAAGAGGAAGUCGCGGGACGCCGACCGCACCCUCAAACGUCUGCAGCUGCAGAUGGACAACCUGGAGUCCAGGGUGGCCCUGGAGUGCAAGGAAGCCUUUGCGGAGCUUCAGACCGACAUCCAUGAGCUGACACAGGAGCUGGACGGAGCUGGCAUCCCCUUCCUGGACUACCGCACCUAUGCCAUGAGGGUCCUCUUCCCCGGGAUUGAGGACCACCCCGUGCUCAAGGAGAUGGAGGUCCAGGCGAACGUGGAAAAGGCCUUGACGUUGUUCGGCCAGCUGCUGACCAAGAAGCACUUCCUGCUGACUUUCAUCCGCACGCUGGAGGCGCAGCGCUCCUUCUCCAUGCGAGACCGGGGAAACGUGGCCUCCCUCAUCAUGACCGCCCUGCAGGGGGAGAUGGAAUAUGCCACGGGGGUCCUCAAACAGCUCCUGUCUGACCUGAUAGACAAAAACCUGGAGAGCAAGAACCACCCGAAACUCCUGCUUCGGAGGACGGAGUCGGUAGCCGAGAAGAUGCUCACCAACUGGUUCACCUUCCUGCUUUACAAGUUCCUCAAGGAGUGUGCUGGGGAGCCCCUCUUCAUGCUGUACUGUGCCAUGAAGCAGCAGAUGGAGAAAGGACCGAUAGAUGCCAUCACAGGAGAGGCCCGUUACUCCCUCAGCGAGGACAAACUCAUCAGACAGCAGAUUGACUACAAGACAUUGACGCUGCACUGCGUGAACCCGGAGAAUGAGAACGCGCCCGAGGUGACAGUGAAGGGCCUGAACUGUGACACGGUGACGCAGGUGAAAGAGAAGCUGCUGGAUGCUGUGUACAAGGGCACCCCGUACUCCCAGAGACCCAAAGCCUCUGAUAUGGACUUGGAAUGGCGCCAGGGUAGAAUGGCUCGUAUAAUCCUCCAGGAUGAGGACGUCACCACAAAGAUAGACAAUGACUGGAAGAGACUCAACACUCUGGCUCACUACCAGGUGACGGACGGUUCGGUGAUCGCCCUGGUGCCAAAACAGAACUCAGCCUACAACAUCUCCAACUCCUCCACAUUCACUAAGUCCCUCAGCAGAUACGAGAGCAUGCUGAGGACGGCCAGCAGUCCGGACAGCCUGCGCUCCCGAACUCCCAUGAUCACGCCCGACCUGGAGAGCGGCACCAAACUGUGGCACUUGGUCAAGAAUCACGACCACUCCGACCAGAGGGAGGGAGACAGAGGGAGCAAGAUGGUCUCUGAGAUCUACCUGACCAGACUGCUAGCCACCAAGGGUACGCUCCAGAAGUUUGUGGAUGAUUUGUUUGAGACCAUCUUUAGCACAGCCCACCGAGGCAGCGCACUGCCACUGGCCAUCAAGUACAUGUUUGACUUCUUGGACGAGCAGGCCGACAAACACUCCAUAUCUGACGCUGAUGUACGGCACACAUGGAAGAGCAACUGUCUUCCACUGCGGUUCUGGGUGAACGUGAUCAAGAACCCCCAGUUUGUGUUUGACAUCCAUAAGAACAGCAUUACAGAUGCCUGCUUGUCUGUUGUGGCCCAGACCUUCAUGGACUCCUGUUCAACAUCAGAACAUAAACUUGGGAAGGACUCUCCUUCCAACAAGCUGCUUUAUGCUAAAGACAUCCCCAACUACAAGAACUGGGUAGAGAGGUACUACUCAGAUAUCUCCAGGAUGCCGGCCAUCAGCGACCAGGACAUGAGUGCCUAUCUAGCGGAGCAAUCCCGUCUGCACCUCAACCAGUUCAACAGCAUGUCGGCUCUGCACGAGAUCUACUCCUACAUCGUCAAGUACAAGGACGAGAUCUUGUCGGCUUUGGAGCGGGACGAGCAGGCAAGGAGACAGAGACUGAGGAGCAAGCUGGAGCAGGUCAUCGACACAAUGGCCCUGGCCAGCUGAGGACCAACCACCACCUCCAUCUCCUCGUCCUCCUCCUCCUCCUCUUCACUCCUCCUCUCCAUCUCUCUAUCUCUCUCGCUCUUCUCACCCAGAGAACAAACAAAACUCCAAAUCCCCAACAAUACAACAGACAAACUGCAAAGGACUGAAGCAGUACACUGCAAAAUGGAGCGGUUCGGCAGAGAUGGGCGGGCCUGUGUAUGCUUACACGUGUGUGUGCGUACGUGCGUGUGUGUGUGUGUCUGUCUGUCUGUUUGCGGGCCAUACGGUGUGUGUGCACGUGUCUGAGUGCAAGACUGGGACACUGGACGUUUUCACACAUGCAUACACCGAGACCAUGUCACCGGAAAGCAUUUGAUUAUCGUGGCUGUUGUCUUUUGUGGUUUGCUUACUUUUGAUUUCUGGAGUUUUGUCGUGAUGAAGCGAUGGUCAGGAAAGCAACAACGCAAACUUGGAAAAUGAACUCCACGGUUGGCAUCAUCAUCAGCAGGAGAAAAUGGACCAUGAGCCAGGAGGGAACAUGGACCAAUCUGUGAUGAGCCAAUGGAGAGAGGCUCUCUGGGUCAUGUGACUCCAGUGGGUGUCACAGGUUUAAACGGACGUUGGAAAUUUUGUUUUUGUUUUUGUUUUUUCUUUUUUGUAUAAAUGUAAUCAACUGCCCACUCUCUGAUCUCUCGCCACUUGUAUUACUGCUGAAUUUGCACAAUUUACAGAAAACGUUACAAAGGAAGACUAUAUAGAUAUUAUAUAUAAAUACAGCUACGUUUUUAAAGAAACAAAGAUUAGGG